AUGGAUAUUUAUAUAGUAGAUAUUUUGUUUUUUAAAAUUUGGAGAAAUUUAUAUAUUAGAAAUCAAAUAAUAAAUCAUUUAGAAAUUUUUAGAGAAAAUAAAGAAGUUACAAUUGAUUCAAAAAAUGAUUUACUAACAAAUAAAUAUAGAGAUUAUUUUUUAAAGAUAAUUUAUCAAGGUUCAGAAAUUUUAUAUGAUAAUGAUUUACCAGAAUGUGUUGAAUUUUUAGAGAUUGUAAAUGAUUUUGAAAUUGAUAAUGAAAAUAAGUUACCAUUAAUUUCAUUAAAAAAUCCACCAAGUUCAUUGAAAACUCUUCAAAUUACAAGUGGUUCAAGAAUGAAUAUGAAAUCAUACCCACUGAAUUUUUUCCCUGAUUCAAUUACAACUUUAAAAUUUAGUGGAACUGAUAAUAGACAAUUUCUACCACACACUUUUAAAUCAUCAUCCAACAUUACAAGUAUGUCAUUUUCAUUUUGGUAUAAUUUUCCAUUUGAAAUCAAUAGUCUACCAAGUGGUAUUAAAGAAUUAAAUUUUUUUAAAUUUAGUAAAUUCGAUCAAGAAUUCAAAUUAAAUCAAAUACCAGAAUCUUUAACAACUUUAAAAUUACCAAUAUAUUACUCUCAUCCAAUAUCAAAAGAAUUCAUACAAUCAUUACCAUUAUUAGAAACUUUGUUAUUACCAGAAUCAUAUGAUUCUUUAGAAUAUGAAUUUUUAAAAUCAAUAAAAAAUAUAAAAUAUUUUAAACCAAUAUAUCAUUUUAUAAAUAAAUAA